UGAGAUGGCUAGCCGCACGGCACUACGGUCACACUAGCACUUGCACUGCUGACGAAGAUUGACCAAAACAGAGACCGAAAGUGAACCAAAUCAAUUAAACAUGGAUCUGCAGCAGCUGGAGGAGCAGGCUCGCCAGGCAGCGCUCAAGGACAUACAGAACAUGCUGCAGCGACCAGGUCAGCUGGAGAAGGUGGAACAAUAUCGCCACCGUAUCGCCCGGAAGAAGGCCUCCGUGGAGGCGCUCCUCAAGACCGGGAUGCAGGGACAACUCGACGGGGUUAGGGUGGGACUGAAGCAGUUGGAGACCUGCAUGCAGGACGUGCGCGAGGUGAGGCGUCGAAUGGACGAGGUGGAGCGUCUGCUGAGGGGCGUUCCCGAGGUCUACGACGCUUUGGAAGUUGUGCGGGAGGAAAACACGAAGCACUCGCAGUACGCCACCGCCAUGGAGAACCUGAAGCACAUCUUCAACGUAGAUGCCAGCGUCCAAAAGACGAUGGCGCUGAUCGAGGACGACAAACUGCUUAAUGCCCACCAGUGCCUGGCGGAUCUGGAGAAUUCAAGGGAUGAUCUCCUCUACGAGCUGCACAAGCAGCCCAAGCAGCAUGCCUCCGACAAGAUCACCCUGAAGCGGCACUUCGAGAAGGUGGACACCGUUUCCCAGGAGCUGGAGAAGAAACUGCGCCUCAUUCUAAGCCGCACGCUGAACACUCUGCGCAAGAAGCCCACCAUCAUAGUUACCGCCCUUCGGAUCAUAGAGCGGGAAGAGAAAAACGAUCAGUUCGCCCUGCAGCAGCAAAAGGUCACCGGAUUUCUGCCGCCUGGAAGACCAAAGGCUUGGCGCCGCAUGAUCAUGGACGUGCUACAGCAGUCGGUGGUAACGCGUAUAGAGGGGUCCAAGCUGGAGGAGCGGGCGGACAACAAGAUGUGGUUAGUACGAGACCUGGAGAUAUUGCGCCAAAUCAUUCUCGAGGAUCUGCGCGUAGUAAAGUCUCUUUGUGUGCCCUGUUUCCCGCCGCACUACGACAUUUUCGGCGAAUACGUCAAGUUCUAUCACGAAGGACUUUCCAGCUAUCUUGAUAAUAUUGUACGCUCUGGCUUGGAGGGCAAUGAAUAUGUAUCAAUGAUGGCUUGGGUAACACACACCUAUCCUGGCGUGGAGCUGAUGUCCCAUCCCGAUCUAAAUGUGGAUGUACACCGACAAAUAGGUACCUUGCUGCGUCCGGAACAUCUCAAAGCGCUGGAGGAUGAGUAUCUGCAAAAUAUGCAGAGAAACUUUCAGGAAUGGAUGACCAAGGCCGCCGAAACGGAGAAGCAGGAGUGGUUUACUGAGACAGUGCCCGAUCAGGAUGAGGAGUACUACCACACUUCAGCGCCGGUUAUCAUAUUCCAGAUGAUCGACCAGCAUCUACAGGUGACCAACACGAUUCAUCAGGAACUGACGUUCAAGGCGCUGGUAAUGAGCAUUCAGCAGGUGGAGAUCUUUGGCCAGACAUACCUUAAGAACGUAAUCGAGCUGAAGGAGCACCAUUUCCGCAAUCGGGACCAGAUUAAGUACUUCACUCACUACAUUAUCACCAUAGUGAAUAACAGUCAGCAAAUGGUUGAACUGGCGCAGCAGAUGAAACAACUCUACUGGCCCAAGUCGCGUACUGAGCACUAUGAGGAUUUCGAACGUUUGCUUGCCACAUUCCAGCGGAUCCGUGCCCAUGCCGCAAGUUACUUGCUAGAGGAAGCCUUCCUGGACAUGGAGUGUCACUUUAACGACCUAUUUACCGCCAAGUGGCUGGCCAGUAACAUUGCCGUUGACACCAUUUGCGUCACGCUGGACGAUUACUUCCAGGACUAUAACCACCUGCGACCGAACAACUUCGAGAUGGUCAUCAACGAAGCCCAGAAGCUGCUGGCCAAGCGCUACAUUAGGGCGCUGCUCUCCAAGCGACUGUCAAAGCCACGAGCCGAGUGCGAUGCCAUCACCCGAAAAAUCAAGACCGAAUCCAAGCGGUUUAAGCUCUUUUUCGAGAAAAUCGCCCCGAAGAUUUCCCUCAGCGACUCUCCAUUAGAUCUGAUAUCCACGCUAUCGGCACUGCUCAGCUCGGACAUCGAACUCCUCGUCUUGGAUCUGCACACAUUGCUGGGCAGCUAUCCGUCUCUGAACGAGGACCACCUGGUUCGACUCUUCUACAUUCGCAACGAUGUGAAGGCGGCCGAGGUGCGCGAAAAGGUGCAGGAUGCCAUGAAGUCGAAAAAGGCAAUGGUCAGCAUUGCCAAGCAGGAUUGCAUCUUUAAGGAGAUUGUGUUCAGCGACAAACUGUGGUAGACCCAGGAAUACUCUUCCCAACCCAUUCUGCAUGUCCCUUUUUGUUCAGUAUCGUGUUUAAUCUUAAGCUGCGAUUGUAAUAUUAUUGUGCUUUAUCAACAAAUAAAUUAUUGUAUACAUAAU